AUGGCCCGCGAUUCCACUGCAUGGCCUAAGAACAGGAUUACCGUCGUCCAUGGAUCGGACCCCAAGGCUGUUCGGGAGCUGCUGGAAGCCCUACAACAGCGCGAUGUCUGCUCUCCGAUGGAGUUCCUCGAGUACUACUCUACGAUGACGGCCGACCAGCAGAAGGGACUUAUGCAAGCACUGAGGAGUCUCGAUGAGAGUGAGCGUGGAUUAUUGAUGCAGUACCUCAUGGCUUUGGAAGCUACCGACAGACCGGCCUUCUUGGCUGAGUAUCAGUCGUAUGAUGAUCUUUCAGAGAGAAUGUCAUAUCUACGCAUAGUCAUCGGCGCUGAGUUGGUCGUGUCUUCCGAGCUUGAGUGCUUCGACCACAUGAAAGUCGAUUUAGACAAAGUAGAGGUACCUGAAGGCAGGCUGAUCUGGUACAACAUUCGCAGCCUUAAAGGUAAUGUUGUGCUCACGGUGGAAAUGGUGCCUCUGACUGAGGCGACGAAGAAGCAGCGCGAAAAGGGGUCUCUAUUUCAUAAGGAUGCCUUCUUUGGACGCAUCAAGCACUUUGAGUACCCUUCCGACGAUGGUCUCUAUGACGCUUGGGCAGCUGGCGGGCUGGCCACUCGUGUCCUAGAUCUGCUGCCGGGAGAGAACAAUGAUGAUCUGAAAUGUUCUAUACGGCCCAUAUUAUCGAUGGGGUCCGGCGAAUUGCUUCCCUAUGAAGCCUUGUCCUACACUUGGAAAGAGACAUCAUACGAGCGCAGCCUAAAUGCCACUCUCGAUCCUGGAUACGACAUUCCUCUGCGCAACCAGAUGGAGAUUCUCCACAAGGUGUUCUGCGAUGGAGGCUAUCUGGAGAUCGGGACCGGCCUUCGUGACGCCCUGCUUCACCUUCGCCAUCCAACCGAGAAACGAACUCUGUGGGUAGACCAGCUCUGUAUCAAUCAACACAGCCUUGGUGAGCGAGCGCAUCACGUCAGUCUCAUGAGACAUAUCUACAACCGAGCUAGACGUGUUAUUGUAUGGACGGGUGAAGAGGACGAGGAUUCAAAGAAAGCUUUUCACCUAAUCGCUGCGCUUGCCGGAAUGUCACAGGCAGCCACGGCAUCAUCCGAUAAUGAGCCACUGGCAGUACCGGCCCGUGACUCUGCCGAGUGGCUGUCUCUGUACAAGUUCUUCGAGCGCCCUGUUUUCACACGCGGUUGGGUGGUUCAGGAGAUUGCGUUGGGUCAGAGAGUCACCGUCAGGUGUGGCAAGACCGAGAUCGACUUCGGCGCUGUUGCAGAUAUCGCGGCAAUGCUAUCUCAACCAUCAUGGCAACUAGUUGGCGAAAAUCCUAAAAAGAGGACGUCUGCUCUUCACACGUACCUUAUUGGCCUCCUGCGCAAGAGGAUUCAUAAUUGUGAAUCAAUGACGCUUCAUCAGGUCCUGUUUGAGACAUCCAAGUUCGGAAUCACAGAGGAGAAAGAUCGCAUUUAUGCCUUUCUUGGUCUGCUGCAGCGAGUAAAAGGCUGUGAGGUUCACAUCAAUGACUACGGCAUCCGGCCCGACUACGAGAAACCCGCAAGAGAUGUGUUCAUCGAGACAACGAAGGCAAUCAUAUUGCAUGAUAAGACACUUGAUAUUUGUGGCCGGACUGGGAUCGCAGGCUCGGGUACUACGAGUGCUGCCAAGAACCUCCCGUCGUGGGUGCCCGAUUUGGGCGACCAGAAGGAGCGUAUCUAUUUCUCAGAUCCGGGUGUCUGCUCGGCAUUUCAGGCAGCCAAAUCGAUGCUGCCUACAGUUUCUUGGCCCUUCGACGAGCGACAAGAUGUUAUGAAGUCGCCUUCCUAUAUCAUCGAUAGUGUCUCCACCGUGUCACAGCAGAAACACAUUAACCAGGCCGGGAUCAAGGCGUCGUUCCUGGAGUGGAGUCGAAUGACGUCUGUCAUAGGAGAGAGCUAUCCUGGAGGUGGUUCUACUAUGCAAGCUUUCUCGCAGACCUGCACUGCCAUCCGGACGGCCAUACCUGUUACCAUGACCUGGGACAAUCUAUUCAUCGGUUUCAUCUCUUUCUUCGCGGCGAUGGCUGUUCUGCCCGACGAGGAUGGAGAGAAACCAGAAGAGGACGAUGCAGAUAUGGCCGAGAACCCACUAGCUUCACAAAUUACCAACACUUGUUUUCAAAUGUAUAGAGACAAGCCAGAGCUUACUGACCCAGCGAACUCGAGCUCCGAGGAUUACAUCACGGCAGCGCAACAUGUGAUAGUGGCGACGACGCCCCAUCGAAGAUUCUUCAUAACCAAGAAGGGGUACAUGGGGCUGGGCCCCGUGUGGAUGCAACCAGAUGAUCAAGUGGUAAUUCUACCGGGAGCACGGGUACCAUUCCUUCUGAGAAGAGCAACCAAUCCUGUUCCGUUGGACCUCGGCGAUUCGAUGUAUGUGGACAGCCUGAUUAAUUUCCGACUUUCCACAAAUCACAUAUUACCUCAGGUCGGCAAUUGA